AUGGGAUCCACGGCGGUGCUCAAAGUGGUCGACGAGCAAACUCAGGGCAUGGACUUGGGAGCCAAGCGCCAGUGGUGCGCUGAGCACGGCCCGCGGCUUCACGACGAGGUUAGGGGCCUAUGGAGAUUCGCGGGCUUCAGAAAAUUACGGGGUCGUUAUCCUUAUCAUUCUACGGACACCGAUAUCGGGAACAGCCACAGGAUUGGGGCGAGUCCAAAACGAGGUUUGGGGCAGUUUGGGCUUAGACCUAGGGUUUAG